UGCUGUCCUAAAGGAUAUAACAAAGUAAAGCUGUCUGCAUUUCACAUGGAUAAUUAUACCAGUGAUGAUGACACAGAUAAUGACUUUGAUACCCAGCUCAUCAUUCAACAGAGUUUACAGGAUAUUUACAAGACAGAAGCUACACAGCAGACAUCUGAAAAUGAGAGCUUGCAUCCCUUGAGUGCUGACUAUAAGAAGAUAGUUGAAACAUUGUUAAUAGGUGAGGAAGAAACACUGUCACAAUUGGCCAAGUACUCUUCUGCUUUUGAUGAAGCAGAUGGGAUAGGCUGGCUUCCUUUGCACAAGGCUGCAGUACAAUUAAAUAAGAACAUUUUGGAAAUAACCCUGAAAGCUUCAAAACCCAGUGUAUGGGAGCAAACUACCCAUGAUGGUGAAACACCACUUUUUUUGGCUGUCAGCAACUGCCGUUUAGAAAAUGCCAGUUUUCUUCUUCUCAAUGGCUGCAAUCCAAAUCCCAAGAAUUUUGAAGGCAGUUCUCCUCUUCUUACAGCUGUCAGCCAUGACUCUUAUGACAUGGCUGCCUUGCUGAUCAGCCACGGGGCAGAUGUCAACCUGCGGUGUGCCAAUGAGAGGACAGCUCUCCACGAAGCAGCCAAACUGGGCAGACAAGACAUGGUAAAACUCCUGCUGGUUUCUGGGGCACAUCCUGACCCACAGAGCUCCUACGGAUUCACUCCUCUUGCUCUUGCAGCCCAAAGUGGACAUACGGAAGUCAUGGAAAUAUUACUACAGAAAGGAGCCAAUGCUCUUGGUCAGGCCUCUGAUUCAUCUUCCAUCUUACUUGAAGCUGCAAGAGGAGGAAAUCCAGACUCUGUGACUCUGUUACUAGCGUAUGGAGCUGAUGCCAACAUCCCCAAGAAUUCAGGCUACCUACCUAUUCAUGUGGCAGCUGACAGAGGCCACUUGUUAGCUCUAAGGAUUUUAAUUCCAAUUACGGAUUUUGCUGCCAUUAAGCGGAGUGGCAUCAGUCCAGUUCACUGUGCAGCAGCAGGAGCACACCCUCAAUGCCUGGAACUUCUCAUCCAGGCUGGGUUUGAUGUGAAUUUCAUGCUAGAUCAGAGAAUUCGCAAACACUAUGAUGACCACAGGAAGUCAGCUUUGUACUUUGCUGUUUCAAAUGCUGACCUCUCUUCAGUCAAGCUGCUUCUAAAUGCUGGAGCUCUGCCUAAUCAAGACCCAGUUAACUGCCUCCAGAUAGCUCUAAGGAUGGGCAACUAUGAACUGAUAAGUAUGCUGCUACGCCAUGGGGCCAACGUCAAUUACUUCUGCAGAGUCAACCCUUUACAUUUCCCAUCAGCACUGCAAUACUCUCUGAAAGAUGAAGUCAUGCUCAGGAUGCUGUUGAAUUACGGGUAUGACACAGAGCGAUGCUUUGACUGUCCUCAUGGAGACAAAGUUCAUCCGCUCUAUACUGUUGAAGGUUGGACAUCUACAGUUAUCAAAGAUACUAUGUUCUGUGAAGUAAUAACUUUGUCAUGGCUGCAACAUCUCUCUGGAAAGGUUGUCCGAGUGAUGCUUGAUUAUGUUGAUCAAGUUCGAAUCUGCUCAAAGUUGAAAGCUGUGCUCCAAAAACAGGGGCUCUGGUCAGAAAUCCACUUUAUCUUGACAAACCCUCGUUCCUUAAAACAUUUGUGUCGCUUAAAGAUCCGGAAGUGUAUGGGACGUUUACAUUUGCGCUGCCCUGUCUUCCUGUCAUUUCUUCCAUUACCCAAUCGUCUAAAAGCAUAUGUACUUUACCAAGAAUAUGACCUGUAUGAACAAGGAAUUCUCAUGGGAACUUGGUAAUAAGAUUAUUCUGGAUAAGAAGAAAAAAUAUUUAAAAACAUUACUGGAGAAAUUGACUAGAUAAAAUUUACCUCUUCAUGGUCUUUUUUACUUUCUGCUUGCAAAAUUGAAGAUCUGAAAAAAGAGAAAAGAUUGGAUGCUCAACUUUUUUAAAAUGUACUUUCAACGUGAUCAGAGAAAAUUAUAUUUAAAGAUUAUAAAUAAAGCAAGUACUGAGUGGAAGCUACAGCAAUAACUUUAAUGCCAGAAUUCAUUUAGCCCUCUGUUUCCUAUCCCAACUGUGAUGGACAAGGUCUCAAUAUAAGGAAUGCCAAGAUGUUGAGGUUAUGUGUUCUCAAUUUCACUUCAUUAAAACAGAGGUAUUUUCCAACUACGUCAUACAAACUUUAGAAGGAACAACAAAGGUUGAUUUUUAUGAAUUAAAAAGUCUCUAAGAAUAAAUCAAGGGUUCAAGAUGUCAAAAGAAAUGUUCAAGACUAAAUGGACAGUAUUCCAUGUAAAUAUAUAUAUAUUUACA